AUGGCUGUCAUGGACGUCGAUGAGUUCAUCUUCUCAACAAACUGGAUAGGAUUAGAGAAGCCAUCAAAAUCUUUGCUAGAGCCCGUCAUUUCUGUUGAUGAUAGCGUUGGCCAAAUAUACCUUCCGUGUUAUGAUUUUGCCCCCUCGGGCCAAACAGCACAUCCACCAGAGGGGGUCUGCCAGGGCUACACGUGCCGGUUGAAGAACCCGCAGCGGCACAAAUCCUUGGUCCGUCUCAACGCUGUGGAACCAUCCCUCAUGAAUGUGGUCCAUCAUUUUAAGCUCAAGCCUGAUUUCAAAAGCAUCUGGACCGCGUUCGCACGUAUUAACCACUACAAAUACCAAGCUUGGUCGGAGUUCAAAAUCAAGUUCAAGAGGCGCGUGUCUGCUUAUGUUGCUGAUUGGAAAGAUCCGAUCAACCUCGACUCAAAGGACCGGGCUCCCGGCUUAGGAGUUGAUGACACCGAACCAGAUGGCUGGGCCCAAAAAUACUGCGAGGUUAAAGACAAUAUCCUUCAGCUGUUAACUGCAAGAUGGUUUGGUGUCGGAUUUGGGAACCCUCAUUAG